AUGGAGUGAGUGGGAGGGUGGAAGAGAGAGAGGGUGGGGGUGGAAUAGAGGGAGGGGGGAGAGAGAUGGAGAUAUCUCGUCACAGUGAGCAGGGUUAGCUGUAUAGUCCAGUCACAGUGAGCAGGGUUAGCUGUAUAGUCCAGUCACAGUGAGCAGGGUUAGCUGUAUAGUCCAGUCACAGUGAGCAGGGUUAGCUGUAUAGUCCAGCAGUCACAGUGAGCAGGGUUAGCUGUAUAGUCCAGCAGUAAAUAUGAAACACUGAGUGCUGACAUGUUUUCUAGUGUGCGAGUCAGCGCCUGUGUGUAGGGUUAACUCCCCUGAGCUCGCUGUUAUUAAAGACAGGUUUAGCAGAGUCGCUCAUGUUAAUAAUUUCUGCUCAUUUGGUCCAAGCUGUUCUUUAUCAGUCCUGUCAAUUAAUAAUCAGCACAGAGCCACCAAGAGACCAGACGCUGCCCCCACACACACACUGACACACACACACUCAGUGACGCACACACACUGACACACACACACACACUGACACACACACACACUGAGGAGAAAUUCAAAUAGAUUUUUUUAGGCUGCCUUUAUGUCCCCCUUUUUCCCCUCCCCUUUCUCUCUUUUCAUCCCUGGCCUCCCCUCUCUUAUAUAACUUUAUCUCUCUUCUCUCUCUCUCUCUCUCUCUCUCUCUCUCUCUCUCUCUCUCUCUCUCUCUCUCUCUCUGUCUCUGAUUAAAUCUAUUCCCUCUGUAUCUCUACGACUUCCUCCUCCUCCUCCUCUCUCUCCCUCUCUCUCCCUUUCUCAAUCCUCAUUAAAUGAGCAGUUUCAGUCAAGCAGCAUGUUUGUUACUCGUCAGUUUUUUUUGUGUGUGUGUGAUAAUGACUGUUUACACCCGCCAGUGCGCUUUCAUCGUCAAGCACCAGCACAUCACUGGAACCCAGCCAGGGCACUCGGGGUUAACAACCCAGCAGCCCUGCCCUCUCCCGGGGAGCCAGAACACUGGAGCCUGGGGAGCCAGAACACUGGAGCCAGAAUGCUGGAGCCAGGGGAGCCAGAACACUGGAGCCAGGGGAACCAGAACACGAGCCAGGGGAGCCAGAACACGAGCCAGGGGAGCCAGAACACUGGAGCCUGGGGAGCCAGAACACUGGAGCCUGGGGAGCCAGAACACUGGAGCCAGGGGAGCCAGAACGCUGGAGCCAGGGGAGCCAGAACACGAGCCAGAACACGAGCCAGGGGAGCCAGAACGCUGGAGCCAGGGGAGCCAGAACACGAGCCAGGGGAGCCAGAACACGAGCCAGAACAUGAGCCAGGGGAGCCAGAACGCUGGAGCCAGGGGAGCCAGAACGCUGGAGCCAGGGGAGCCAGAACACGAGCCAGGGGAGCCAGAACACGAGCCAGAACACGAGCCAGGGCAGCCAGAACGCUGGAGCCAGGGGAGCCAGAACACGAGCCAGGGGAGCCAGAACACUGGAGGCAGAACACGAGCCAGGGAAGCCAGAACACUGGAGCCAGGGGAGCCAGAACAUGAGCCAGGGGAGCCAGAACACUGGAGCCAGGGGAGCCAGAACACUGGAGCCAGGGGAGCCAGAACACGAGCCAGGGGAGCCAGAACACGAGCCAGAACAUGAGCCAGGGGAGCCAGAACGCUGGAGCCAGGGGAGCCAGAACACGAGCCAGGGGAGCCAGAACGCUGGAGCCAGGGGAGCCAGAACGCUGGAGCCCCCCUCCCCCAGUGCAUUCUGGAGAAUUUCCUCAAAAUGUGACCCCGUGCGACCUCUCGGACGUGAGAAAAGGAGCAUGGAGAAAUAAAACGAACGCAAACAAAAACGCUCAGAAAAAGGCGAGCUGGGAGAGGAAGCUGCAGUGGAUGAUACAGCUGCCUCGCCUCCUUCCACAGCAACACACCUGGGGGGAGACUGCUGAGAGAGAAGACGUUUGUUUUACAUCUGGAUUCAUUUCAGCUUGAAUAACACCCCCCUGCACACAUCGUGGGACCCCCCUCCCUUUCCGAUUGGAUUAGCCCCGACAGACAGACAGACAGACAGACAGGGGGACCGGACCAGGACCAGGUUGCCCUCUUUGCUGCAGUGUUUUUUUUUGGUUUUUUUCCCUGAAUUCUUCUCGGAUUCUGUUGUUCCCGGGAUUUUUUUAAGGACGACGUUUCAAACCCCAAC